UAUGCGGUCUUAUGACGUUUGCCUAGAAGUUAGAACUCAGUCGAACGGCGAGCGCGUCUCCGCAACCGUAAAUACUAAGUCGGAUAUUAUAUAUUUAUAUAAUACAUCCGACUCGACUGCUAUGACUGCUGAUAUCUGUGAUUAAGUCUGUCGAAGUAACAAGAUGAUCGAUCCAAGCUCAUCCGAAGAAGACAGUGAAGAUGAACACAAGAAACAGCCCUCCAAGUUACCAGUACCACCUGGCGCAUUAGCAGGAGGACGGCCAUCAGUGCGGGGGAAACCGGAGUUACCGCGUGGGUCCACUGCUGGCCUACCAGGAGCGAGUCCUCUUACGACUGCACCUCUCGCCGCCCCGCUACACCCCGCCACUCGACAAAGGGAGCAAGCAGCACUCGCACCUCCUCAACAUGCAUCUUUCUUGCGCAGGACCUCAACGGGGAGCGCCAGCUCGGGGGAGGCGCCAGCACCCUCGCCCAGUCCCUCUGGAACCAGUCACUCGGACAAGGAUCAGGACCCUCAGGAGAAAAUAGAAAAACUAGAAGAGGACAAGAAACGCCGUCUACAACUGUACGUGUUUGUGUCCCGGUGCGUGGCUCAUCCCUUCAACGCUAAACAGCCGACCGACAUGACGCGGCGACACACUAAGCUCACUCCGCAUCAGCUCGAGACUAUACAAGCCCGAUUCCAGGCUUUCCUCAAAGGAGAAACUCAGAUUCUCGCUGAUGAAGCCUUUCAGAAUGCUGUUCAAUCCUACUACGACGUGUUCCUCAAAUCCGAAAGGGUUGAACAAAUGGUCAAGUCGGGAGCUUGUUCGCAUCACGACUUCCGAGAAGUUUUCAGAAAUAAUAUAGAAAAACGAGUCAGGUCUUUACCAGAAAUAGAUGGACUCAGCAAGGAAACAGUGUUAACAACCUGGCUCGCUAAACUUGACUGCAUUAUGAAGGGAACAGGAAUAACAGGUAUCCCAGGAGACGAUGACUCGAAGAGGCCAUCCCGCGCUCAGCAACAGAGUCUCAACGCUGAAUGUAUUCUCAGCAAGGAACAGUUGUACGACAUGUUCCAGCAGAUACUUGGGGUCAAGAAGUUUGAACACCAGCUGCUCUUCAACGCUCUUUUGUUGGACUCCGCGGACGAGCAGGCUGCUGCUAUCAGAAGAGAACUGGAUGGACGGAUGCAGAAAGUCAAUGAGAUGGAGAAGAACCGCAAGUUGAUGCCGAAGUUCGUGUUGAAAGAAAUGGAGUCCCUAUACAUCGAAGAGCUGAAGUCUUCCAUCAAUUUGUUGAUGGCUAACUUAGAAUCGCUCCCCGUGUCAAAGGGCGGCGCUGAUUCGAAAUACGGUCUUCAUAAGAUCAAGCGGUAUAAUCACAGAUCGAAUGCUGGGCCAGACCCGAGUCCAAGGUUGAGUAAGCAGCUAUGUUUCAGAUCGCAAGGGUCUCUAGCGAACAAACUGACUGGCGAAGGAGACGGCGGCGACGUGGACACCCAGCUCACCAAAAUGGAUGUAGUACUUACAUUUCAAAUAGAGGUAGUGGUUAUGGAAGUUAAAGGUCUCAAGUCGCUGGCACCUAACAGAAUAGUUUACUGCACGAUGGAAGUGGAAGGAGGAGAAAAAUUACAAACCGAUCAGGCGGAAGCCUCGAAGCCAAUGUGGGACACCCAGGGUGACUUUAGCACGACUCAGCCAUUACCGGCGGUGAAGGUCAAGCUGUACACAGAGAACCCUGGAGUGCUGUCCCUGGAAGAUAAAGAAUUAGGCAAAGUUGUAUUACGACCCACUCCCUUGUCUAGCAAGGCUCCAGAAUGGCAUCGCAUGACCGUACCUAAGAACUUACCGGACCAGGAUUUGAGAAUAAAAAUCGCUUGCCGAAUGGAUAAGCCUUUGAACAUGAAGCAUUGUGGCUACCUCCACGUUAUCGGUAAGGCUGUCUGGAGGAAGUGGAAGCGGCGGUACAUGGUGCUGGUACAAGUGAGCCAGUACACCUUCGCACUUUGUUCGUAUAAGGAUAAAAAGUCCGAACCCGCGGAGAUGAUGCAACUCGAUGGGUUCACCGUAGACUACAUUGAACUGGCCAGUGCGCAACUGAUGGUCGGUCAAGAAUUGGAAGGCGCGAAGUACUUCAUGAAUGCGGUGCGUGAUGGCGAGUCAGUGCUCAUGGGAGUGGGAGAUGAGAACGAAUGUCACUUGUGGGUCAUGGCCUUGUACAGGGCCACAGGACAAAGCCACAAGCCCACACCGCCCACUACAUCCGACUCGCAUAUUAAAAUUUUGGGGGAUGCUGACAAAGCUCGCAAACACGGUAUGGAGGACUACAUUCAGGCGGACCCAUGCCAGUUCGACCACCAUCAACUCUUCACCACGUUACAAUCUCUCACCCUGAAGUACCGCUUGCAGGAUCCAUACUGUUCUUUGGGCUGGUUUUCACCUGGGCAAGUGUUCGUGUUGGACGAGUACUGCGCUCGUUACGGUGUGCGUGGUUGUUACCGUCACCUCUGCUACCUGUCCGACCUCCUCGACGUCGCCGAGAGCGCCCAGCAGACCGUGGACCCCACUCUCAUGCAUUACUCCUUCGCAUUCUGCGCCAGCCACGUUCAUGGGAACAGUACGGCGUUGCCUGGCAGGCCUGACGGCGUCGGCAGCAUCACGGUCCAGGAGAAGGAAAAGUUCGCGGAGAUCAAGGAGAGACUCAAGACGCUGCUGCAGUACCAGAUAACGAACUUCAGAUACGCCUUCCCCUUCGGCAGACCGGAAGGAGCUCUCAAAGCCACUCUGUCUCUCCUAGAACGUGUCCUCAUGAAGGACGUUGUGACACCGGUCGCUCCAGAAGAAGUCCGCAGUAUGAUACAGACCAGCUUAGAGAAUGCGGCGCUACUUAAUUAUACUCAGCUCAGCCAGCAAGCUAAUAUUGAAGAGGAUCUCCGUGGAGAGACCAUGGUGACCCCGGCCAAGAAGUUGGAAGAUCUGAUACACCUGGCAGAGCUGUGUGUGGACCUGUUGCAGCAGAACGAAGAGCACUACGCGGAGGUUUAUAACACAAAACCGGACUCUAGCGGUCAACAAAAUGCGUUCGCUUGGUUCUCUGAGCUGCUGGUGGACCAUGCAGAGAUUUUCUGGGGUCUGUUCGCCGUAGACAUGGAUCGCGUGCUAUCAGAGCAACCCCCGGAUACUUGGGAUUCAUUCCCACUGUUCCAGAUCCUAAAUGACUAUCUGAGGACCGAUGAAAACUUGCGUAACGGUCGUUUCCAUGAACAUUUGCGUGACACCUUCGCGCCGCUGGUGGUCCGUUAUGUGGACCUCAUGGAGUCAUCCAUCGCUCAAUCCCUCCACAAAGGAUUCGAAAAGGAGCGCUGGGAGAUCAAAGGUAAUGGUUGUUCGACUAGCGAGGACUUGUUCUGGAAGUUGGACGCGUUGCAGUCCUUCAUCAGGGACCUGCACUGGCCGGAACCAGAAUUCAGAUCUCACCUGGAGCAAAGGCUGAAGCUGAUGGCGAGCGACAUGAUGGAAACCUGCAUACAAAGAACUGAAGCUUCUUUUCAGGCGUGGUUGAAGAAGAGUGUGACCUUCAUGUCGACGGACUACAUCCUGCCGGCCGAGAUCUGCGCCAUGGUGAACGUGGCCUUAGACGCUAAGAACCAGGCGCUCAAGCUGUGCGCCGUGGAAGGAGUAGACAUCUACCAGUACCAUGCUAAAAUGGAUGCUCAGAUCGAGGCCUGUCUGCACGCGAUGUCCACGGGGAUGACAACGAGGUUGUCGGCCGUGCUGGACGCCACCCUCGCCAAGAUCGCGCGCUUCGACGAGGGCAGGUGUCUCAGGAAUUUGAUAGGGUCGAUCCUGACGAUCGCGAAUGUCUCCGGGUCAGGGAAGGACAUUGGCCAGGGUUACGUGAACUUUAUGAGGAACUCCAUGGACCAAAUCCGAUCGAAGGUGACAGACGAGCUCUGGAUCCUGCAGCUGUUUGAGCAGUGGUACUCAGUCCAGAUAGGCGCCAUCUCCAUGUGGCUCGGGGAGCGCCCGGCCCUCCAUCCUCAGCAGGUCGCAUGUCUCUCCAUCGUUCUCAAGAAAAUGUACAGCGACUUCGAGCUCCAGGGUGUGAUUGAUGACAAGCUGAACUCCAAGCAGUACCAGGCGGUGGCGGGCAGGAUGCACACCGAGGAGGCCACCUGCAGUCUACUGCUGGCUCAACAGGACCAGGGAAGCGGAGACGACGGAGGGUCUGAAGAGGGAACCAGGAGCGGCAAGUCAAAGCUGGAGGCUCUCACAGAAGACGCCAAGCUAGGAAACGUGACGGCUGUUGUUGGAAAGAUGGGCAACAUGUUCGGGCGAGGUAUCGGCGAGCUCUCCACCAAGCUGGGAGGCGCCUCUUCCUGGUUCUAGCUCGCCCGGCUCCAGCGGACCCGCCUCCUACGUCAUAAUAUAAUUUGCUUUCAUCUCCUCUCUAACAUAUAAAGCUUUCUUGUAACAAUCACUGUGAUGUCGGUCCAUCAGUUUCCGCGCGUCUCCCGGCCGCCGGUCGGGGCGUCUCUGUAAGCGGCCGUACGUUAGAGUUAGCGUAACGAAGUUUACAUUUUAUUUUAUAAAGCUUUAUGUACAGUUAGUCUUCUGUUUUCUCUGAAGGAACACGUUAGAUGUGAAUAUUAAGAUUAGUAUUUGACGACGGGUUCUCUAGGGACACUGUAACGUGCGCGUCUGUCGACACUGGCAGGACACGAGGCUACAAUAAUGAAACAUAUCGCUUCUACUAUGACAUGUUCGCGACGACGUACAGAAAGAUAUGUACAGCUGUGUGGCGGCGUCUGAUGAUGAAGACGACGGGUCUUUUACUAAGAGAUGACUAUUUUCUUGGCAGCUUGCAUUCUUCCUCACCGCGACGGGCUUCAUCAUGGGAACAUUAAGAUAUUAUUUUUAUUAUCACGCGGACAGAUUGUUUGAUCUUCGUCUAGUGAGCUGUGAUGAGCGAUAGUUAAGUAUAAAUAGGAGUUAUUUUAUUUAACAAUAUCUGCGGCGAGACGAGCCCUCGGUUAAACUAAACUCUUAAUCAUUAGAUCGGUUUUCAGCAAGUUUUUCUAAACUAAAAGCAGUAUUUUUCUAAUAUUAUAACGUAACCUUUUAAAGUUGAUUCUAAACUGUAGUGAAGUCUAUAAUGAUCUGUGCUAAUAGACCGGAAGUGAUUAGGAUUGGUGAUGUUCAAUCUCUUUGAAUAAUAUUUUCCGUCUUGAGGUGAUAAAGACUUUUGGUCGAAGCCGGUGUUGAAAAUAUUGAAUGUCACCGAUAACCGCGCGUAGACUGUUAAGAUACUUGUAGAUUCAGAAACUAAUUUUAGUGCUAUCGUUUCAUUGUAACCGAACGGAAUAGUUUCAACGGUUAAAAGUAGUUUUGUAAUUGUUUUCGAUAGUUCCAAUGCUCUCUAGAUUCACAUCUCUUCAAAAACUAGACUAAACACUCGGAUCUAGUUCUUUAAAAUAUCCCCUUAUAUUAAAUUUGUUAAAAAAAAUAUUCUUCUACGCUAUAAACAUUUAUUUUCUAUUCAUAAUUUAACUUUAAAACUCUUAGAUAAAAUAUUACUUAUUAAAUUGAAUCGCUAUCAAAAUGAAGUCAUCGGGAUGUUUGGCGAUAUCUAACUUAGUUGUUUCAUAACUUUAAUAUUUUAUUACACAUGUCAUCACGACGGAAGCGCAGUUCAAGUAAUGUAUACUAAAUCAGCAAUAAUUCCUUACCGGUCAUGUACAUAAUAAUAUGUAAACUUUUUAGAAGUGAAUUUUAUUAUUUAUAAUAACAUAUUCAAAGGCUUUCAUAUUUUUCACUAUACUUUUUCACUCUAGCAACACUUCAGCACUACAUGUAAGGCACGCCACAGUACAAAACAGGCUCAUUGUAAUACACGUUUUAUUUAAGUAUUUUAGCAAUAAUAUAAUCAGAAGUACAGUUGAAGCCAACGUAACAUGCCAUGUCACUCAGAUGUUCAACAAUCUGCAGUCGAUUCGUGACCUCCAUCAUUGUUUCUUGACGGCGUUGUCAUUUCAAUAAAAAGCUCAAUAAAUAUUGAAGUUACUUAGACUUUGAAGUCGCUCGAACUUCAGUCGAAGUGUCAGACGUCCUGAAGUACGUGCUGUCAACUGUGCCUAACUGAAUCUAUGUUUUCGGCCGUUGUUUUCUCAGCUUCAACACGCGUCGCAAGUGACAGAUGAUACAAUAAAUAAUAUUUACAAUAAAAUAAAAAUGUUUACUGUUGCCAA